GAAUUCCACAGGGUUUGUGCGCGCCGCUCGGCCUGGCGCAGGCGCAGACAGGGAACAGGGUCCGGCCGACCGCCAUUGCACAACGCGGAGGACUAGCCUGGGGUCACAGGGAUGCCGCGGCUCCUUCGCUUGUGCCUGCUGUGGCUUGGACUCCUGCUGGUUCGGUUUUCUCGUGAACUGAGCGACAUCAGCAGUGCCAGAAAGCUGUGCGGCAGGUACUUGGUGAAAGAAAUAGAAAAACUUUGCGGCCAUGCCAACUGGAGCCAGUUCCGUUUGGGGGAGGAAACCCCUUUCUCACGGUUGAUUGCACAGGCCUCGGAGAAGGUCGAAGCCUUCAGCCCCUACCAGUUUCAAAGCUCGCAAACCGCUUUCCCGGUUCGGGGAAGAGGCACAAACCCAGUGUCUACUUCUUGGGAAGAAGCAGUAAACAGUUGGGAAAUGCAGUCACUACCUGAGUAUAAGGAUAAAAAGGGAUAUUCACCCCUUGAUAAGACAAGAGAAUUUUCUUCAUCACAUAAUAUCAAUCUAUAUAUUCAUGAGAAUGCAAAAUUUCAGAAGAAAAGUAGAAACAAAACCUUAAGCAAUUUGUUUUGGGGGAAUCAUCCCCAAAGAAAACGCAGAGGAUAUUCGGAAAAGUGUUGUCUUACAGGAUGUACAAAAGAAGAACUUAGCAUUGCAUGUCUUCCAUAUAUUGAUUUUAAAAGGUUAAAGGAAAAAAGAUCAUCACUUGUAACUAAGAUAUACUAACCAUCAUAGAAUUUUUUCUAACCUAAUAAAAGCUUAAUACAUUUAUUUAACUCUAUUUUUAUUUUUUUGUAAUUGUGCGUAUACGUGAUAUGCUGUGAAAAAUGUCUGAAUGUACUUGCAAGCACUUGACCAUACCUUAUAGUGGUAAUAGGUAUCUUAGUAUUUUCUUUGGUGACUCUGUUGUUUUCCUUAGUUUUCAUAUGCUUUUUGAAGAUGUUUCUGGAGAUGGUUUGAUCCAUGCAGACAUCUAAGAGUUACCUAUUCACUUGUCAUUAUGGUUGAAACUCUCUUAAGCUGUAUUUUAAGAAGGAUUAUGGAACCUUCUUCUUUCCAUCUGUAUGACACACAAACUGAUGCCCAUGACUGUUAGGCUUAUACUUACUCCAAAAUGCCGACCCAUCUGUCCCACCAACUUAAAAAUAACGAAUCAACUACCAUUCCUGGUAGAAGCCCUUGUACUGUGAUAGUAGUUACACUUCUAAUUCCUUGAGUUUUAUUAUAGUCAGUUUCUCUUCACAAUUUCUACUGAUAACUAAAAAGAGAGUUUGGUGAAUCUAAACUAAAAUCUCUCCAAGAUACCCUGUCUUUGCUUUGAAGGUACUGAUAUAAUCUGAAUCAACAUAUAAAUCUCAAUGUUUGAGAAAUCUGUAGAAAAGAUUCUUAAAGCGUGGUCCCUUACCAAAUUGGCAGCAUCAGCAUCACAUGGGAACUUGUUAGAAAUGCAGUUCUAAAGUCUCACCUCAAACCUGCUGAAUCAGAAACUCUAGGUAUGGGGGUCAGCAAUCUGUCUUUAAUAAGCCUUCUAGGCUAUUCUGAAGUAGGUUAAAAAUCAAGAACCACUAGUAAUGGGGUUAAUGUAUGAAUAUUGUUGAAGUUCUACUAUUCAAGUGCUUGCAUAUCUCGACUCAAUAUAGAUGUUACAAUACUAAAUUUUUGGUGUUUUUUUUCCUGUCCACACAUGACAUAAUUUUAGUACUACAAAUCAGAGCAAAACAGAACUCAGUGAACCCAAAAUGGAAUUCCUACUUCGUACCCAUUAAUUAGUUGAUAAACAGCAUUUGAGAUUGUUGUCUAGAUUCUUUCUCAAAUGUGUACUAUAAUGUUCUUAAAUGUUUUAUUUCUAUUUGGCUUUGUUAAUUCUUAGAACAAAGGUUCUUUUCCACUUAUAUCUGUGUCACAGAUACUUUGCUUUAAUAAAUAUUUUUGAAUGUUUUUAAUCAGUUUCAGGGUACAGUCUGCAUUCAGUUAUCUGUAGAUAUAGGGAGCUACCCAUGUAGAUACAAAAUGACAGAUUAUAUUACGGUUCAGUGGUAGAGGAGGUCUGCUAAGCAUUAGAUGAAAAUGCUUCAUGUUGUCUAUGCUUUGGCUAAAAUACAGCCAUGUACACAAUCCAGUUUGAAAGGGUAUAGGUCUGUACUUGUAGUUGAAGAAUAAAGUGGAGCUUGUUAGCUUACUUAUAUACACACAACAAAAGUCCCAAUUAGAAAAUUAUGAUAUUAACCAAGUGUGUUAUUUGCAUAGCUAUAUACUUCCCUACACAUUUUUUAAUAAUUUGUAUGUUAGGUUGUAUUUAAUUUGCUUUUAGGUUUAAUGUCAGCCUUUUAAUAUUUAAAAUUGCACUAAUGAUGUGGUACAUUUUGAUAGAAUAGUCACAUUUAUAGACUCCUUAGAGC